GCGCUUCCGGGUCGUAGGCCCAGCUCUGCGGUUUCUGCGGCGUCUGAAGAGGUGGUCGGCGAGGUGGGCACCUCCUGCCAGGCUCCUGGCGGCACCGCUUCUGUGCGUUCCCUAGUGGGAAGCGCCUUGGCCGCAGACUGCAAGUGCCGUGAGGUCAGGGAUCUUACACCUGACGUGUAGUAGAAAUUCAGACAUCAAUGCAAACCUGAAGAAAAAGCAGUUUCUUCCUCCUAAGCCAUGGCAUAUCAGUUAUACAGAAAUACCACUUUGGGAAACAGUCUUCAGGAGAGCCUAGAUGAGCUCAUACAGUCUCAACAGAUCACCCCCCAACUUGCCCUUCAAGUUCUACUUCAGUUUGAUAAGGCUAUAAAUUCUGCAUUGGCUCAGAGGGUCAGGAACAGAGUCAAUUUCAGGGGCUCUCUAAAUACAUACAGAUUCUGCGAUAAUGUGUGGACUUUUGUAUUGAAUGAUGUUGAAUUCAGAGAGGUGACAGAACUUAUUAAAGUGGAUAAAGUGAAAAUUGUAGCCUGUGAUGGUAAAAAUACUGGCUCCAAUACUACAGAAUGAAUAGAAAAAGAAAUGACUUCAGGCCAUCUUCUGUUAUUAUUCAUCACUUUUUGAAGAGAAGCAAAGAAGAGACUUUUUUAAUUUAUUCGAGCAUUGCAUAAAUGACUACACUGUACUGUACUAUCAGAGAAUUCCAGCAAAAAGAAGCUUAUAACUAUAUUCUCUUACAUUACCUUUAUUAUACAGCAUGAAGAAACAUAACUUUUUUUUAAUGACAAAUCACAAGUUGUUGCCUUCUUAAGAACAUUCUUUAAUAAACUCAUUUUAAAACUCA